GCGGCAGGGGUCCUGGGGGUCGUUAUGGUACUGGUUUUGGUCAUCCUCAUCCCAGUUCUUGUAAACUCGGCGGGGACAGCGGCUCAUUACGAGAUGCUCGGUACCUGUAGGAUGGUGUGCGAUCCUUAUGGCACCAAAUCUCCGACCAGCACCGCUACGGCGGAUACGGUCCGGGACAACAGCCUUGUGCAGUCUUUACCCACUUUUAUCCAAGGACCAAAGGGAGAACCAGGUCGUCCAGGUAAGGCGGGUCCUAGAGGACCUCCUGGUGAACCGGGGGCGCCCGGUCCAGCGGGGCCACCGGGAGAAAAAGGAGAACCGGGCAGAUCUGGUUUACCUGGACCUCCGGGACCAAACGCAGCUGCCGGUGCCAUAAGCGCGGCCACCUACAGCACCGUGCCCAAGAUUGCCUUUUACGCAGGGCUGAAAAAGCAACACGAGGGUUACGAGGUGCUGAAGUUCGACGACGUUGUGACCAACCUUGGAAACCACUACGAUCCGACCACCGGGAAGUUCACAUGCUCCAUCCCCGGGAUUUAUUACUUCACUUACCAUGUGCUGAUGCGCGGAGGGGACGGCACAAGCAUGUGGGCUGACCUUUGCAAAAACAACCAGGUGCGUGCUAGUGCUAUAGCCCAGGACGCCGACCAGAACUACGAUUAUGCCAGUAACAGCGCUGUGCUGCAUCUGGAGCCUGGAGAUGAGGUCUACAUUAAACUGGAUGGAGGCAAAGCUCAUGGAGGGAACAACAACAAGUAUAGCACCUUCUCUGGAUUCAUCAUCUACGCUGACUAGACAACACAUUCAAGUCUUCAGUCACUGAUGAGAUGCACAAACAUUCUCUUUUAAACAUCUGUGGAGACGCCCUAUAUAAAUCAGCCCUCCAUAGCCUGUAAAGAAUUUUAUUUUCCUCUCUCUGCCAUCAUCACAGUCUUCGGUGCAACUGACUUUGGACCUUAAUAUUGAUGGAAUAGCUGAAAGACAAUGACCUCUAUUUUACCCUCACGUCUCCCUACAACUUGAAGCCUAUUUUUUUUAUGUCCUGUUAAGGACUCAUGACUGAUGAUGGUGAAUGGGAAUUGGAAGAGUUUGUAAAUGCUUAGUGCUUCUAAGUCUGAUUGGCAAAAAGCUUCCUGCCAACAGAUCAAGCCGGGUGUCAGUACAGUAUAGUCAAAUUUGGGAAAGCUACAUUAACGAGUAGGUGGAAAAAAACAAAAAGAAAUCAAGAAACUCGGAGGUAGUUCUAAAGAUCUACCAAUGAUGUUCAAAGAUACAUUUAAACAAUUGAAGUAUUUGAGUCGAUUUAAUGAUUCAGAGCAAUACACACAGUAAUAAACCAUACUAAUGGUGAUGAUCAAAGAGAAAGUCAUAAGGGUGUUCUUCUUUCUUUGUCGGUGUCAUGCUGCUCCGACAUAAAGGAGAGCUGGUAACCCUUGAAGUUAUGAUAGAGAAUUAUGAUAGACAGACAGCAGAUUAUACCUCCCAUAAUAAACAUACUUACAUCACUCAUUUUAUGCUCACAAAUAUACAGGUAUAACAUAUAUAUUAUAUAAAUAUAUCUAUGAAAUGUUAUAACAUGAUUGAUCUUAAUCUAAUGAUGUUGAUUCAAAAUGGCUGGAUUGAAGUUUAAAUGCCUUGAUUAUUAUUUCUGCAGGGAUUUAUUAGAAUCACUUUAAAUACAUUAUGUUGGCCGUUGUAGAAACACUUCUGCUCAAAAUAUAUUCUUAAAAUGUGGCCCAGAAAUAUCUAUUGACUCCUUCUGUCAGACUGGAUCCAAAGAAAACACGACACACUUGAGACAAAUUUAACGUUUUGAUGCACUGUGUCUUCCUCAGAGUCAAACAGUACAGGUACAAAUUUGAAAAGGCUAAAUACACUCACACUUAUUGGUUAAUGAAAGUUGGAUGAAAUCAGGGAGUAUACCGGAACUGUGACAACACUCAUGUGUAGCCCAAUCAUUUAACAUCCCAUCCCAAAUGUGAUAAUAUUUACAAUACUCUAUUUAUAAGAUGACUACUAUUCCUCUAUUGAGACAAAGCCUAAGACGAUAUAAACAACAUUAAAAGAAACAUGAGAGGCCUAAUUCCUCAUUUAGUCCAUAGUGUUCAACUGUGUUGAAGGUAUCAAUCCAAAAGGCCUCUCUUUUUUAACGUCUCUGUGAGAACCGACCUCCAUUUGUGGAGUGACUGAAGUGUAAGAGUUUCCUUCUACUGAUCUAUUGAUUUGUGUUGAGCUUUAAAGGGGAAAUGUUUGAAAAUAAUAAUGAACCACUGAUGAUUUUUCUGAUGACUCCUGGGUGGCCUUUAGGGACAUUUUUAUGUUUUAUGUAAAAUGUAUUUAACCAGGUGAAACCUCAUUGAGAUUAAGAGUGUCCUGGCCAAGAGGGGGCAGCAGCACAAGAGUACACAGAGUAAUUACAAACAUAAAACAGUGAAAAGGAAGGAUUUAGGGACAACCCUAUUGAACCUCAGAUAACUGCUGCUACAGGAACUGGUUGUAAAGCUAUGGUCUUAAGUUUCCUUAUUGAGUUUAGAUUUUUAGUUGCGCUAUGGAGCUUCUUACUGAGUUACAGGAAACGGCAACACAGAAAUGCUGCCAAAGAAUGCUGGAUGAAAAUCUAUCCAUCCAGUUUCUGCUGCUUCUCCAUGAGCUCAUUGCUGCGUUAUUCUGCUGUAACUGAAAUCACAAACCCUCUUUUUGGGAGACUCCUCAGUAGCAGGGCAACAAAACUUUGUCUAAGCAAACAAUGGCGUCUUCAAAGUGUCCCAGUGUUUGAGCUACAGCAGUCCAGCGCUGUGUUCUAAAAUAAUGAAUGUCAUGGUCUGAUGAAGCAAACAGAACACAUCAUCUAAAUGGAAGAGCGAUCCUGAGGUCCAAAAACUGGCUGCCCCGCAAACCGUGGAUAUGAAGAUCCCAUCCAGGAAGAUCAAAAGUACAAUCAGUGACAAAGUAGAACACAACAGGGAACCAACACCCGCUGAAUAAGAGAGCUUGAACUUCCUUCUGAGAACAAUGACACAACUGUAUUUUAAAAUAGUAACACAAAAUAGGAACAGACCAAGGUGGCACUAUCCCCCAACACUGUCCAGAACAUUUAACAUUUAAGGUUGAGUCUAAUCCAAGUGUGAGGCCUUCCUGGAGUCCAUAACUCAGAAGUGAUUAACACAAAAAGUGGCUCUGGUACCAGCAAUCUAUUGUAUACUCUCACUUUUGAGAAAGACCCCAAAAAAGGUAUUAAUCAUUAAAUAUCCUCAACUUUGAAAUCUGAUUGUGACAGAAAAAACGAAGGCGUAGAAGCAACUUAUUUGUUCCAUAAUUACAUGAACUUACUUCUGUCAUUUCAAUGUUUGAGUAUGUCAGGGUGACUCAACCUGUCUAUCAAUCAACCAUGAUUCAGUGAGCUCUACUAUUCGUCCAAAUAUUUUAGUAGUAAAAUAUUUAAAUAGUUUUAAUGCCCGUUCCCUGAGGAGGAAUUCAAUUUGGGCAUUUUUAAAUGGGGCAUCACAACCACAACAGUCAUUUACCAUUUCCAAAAGAGCAGCCACUACCAUGAGUAGUUCUUCUACGUCUACAUGAAACUUGAACUGAAAUAUGUCUCCUGGUAGCAACUUUGAAGAUGUUAAUGAAAGUGGUUUGUUUGAUAGGCUUUGUCUCAGCCCUGAUGCCUUCCUGUCCUUCUCCAAUUUGAACCCAUUCAGAUCUUUAAGGUCCAACAACGUAUGAGACGGGCAUGAGUUGUAAACUCUUGAUCUAGACUUUAAAGUUGCAUUCAGAAAGACAUCAUGAAUUCUGACACUACUCUGUGUCCAUCACAUUUAACAAUAAAGAUGAGGAUGGUGUUGCUCUGACUGAGCUAUGACAACAUCUUUACUCAUGCUGAACUUAAUCAUUGGGCUUAUGAAAUGAUUACUGUGUUUUUGGCAAUGUUUAACACAUUUUUUUUUUUUUACACAUAUGGAGUUGUUAUUACAGUGUUAAGUAUUGCAAUGUGAACUGAAAGCACUAUGCAGAAGUAGAGAAGAAUAUCCCUCCAUGUACAGUGUUGUGUAUCUUGGCGAUAGAAAGUAUGGAUCACUGUUACUGGAAUUGUGUAAAUAUUGUAGUGAUACAAACUGUUCUUAUUUUUUCUGCCUAAUCCAUGUACAGAGUGUAAAAGAGCACAGAGGAAAUGUUUCAAUAUUAUAUUAAUCAACUCAAUGAUCCCAUAAUCACAAUCAUAAUGAUUGAUUGUCUUGAAGUUGCACCCUCUCCAGUGUAUUGGUGUGAAAGGCAUAUGUAUGUUAGAUGCAAUGUGUGGUG